AUGCCUCGCGAAAACAGCUUCACCGAUUCGGAGGGCCGCUCGCUCACGCCAGACCUCGAGGAGGCCAUGAUGCGAGAGACCGAGCUGCACCGCUCAGACUCACCAGAACCGAUAGUCGCGACCGAGGGCGGACAACCACGGCAAUUGGACCCGGACGUCGUCUCAGCACCGGACCUACCAAGUUCCCAGCAGCAAGCGUCCACAGCAAGGUCCCCGGCGCGACCAGACUUUGACAAUGUGCUGCCCCGCGCAUUCACCACACCGGGGGACCGCUUCCGUACGACGGUGCGCAAGGUCAUGGCGAUGAACCGCACCGCGUCCUCCGUCUUCGUCCGGCCAGGCAUCGGUGCUGAGCCAGGUGUCGACCCCCGCCGCGCCUCCGCGAACAUGGCGUACAGCGGUAUCAAGCAGAAGUGCGUGAUCGAGGUGGUGGACUACUCGACGCUGCGCGUCAGCUUUGGCCGGAUGACGAACAACGAGUUCAUCAAGAUGCUGAGAGACCCUUCUGCGAGUAGGAGGGAUCCCUGGGUGCGCGUACGGUGGAUCAACGUGGGAGGCAUAAGCUGGGACGUGAUCAGCGCGCUCGCGCUCAAGUACGACAUGCACCCCCUUGCUAUCGAGGACAUCCUCAGCCAGCGCCAGCACUCUCGCUCUAAGGCCGACUACUACCCACAACAUCUUUUUCUCCGCGUCCUCUGCCACUCGCUCACCUCGGAUGACUACGGGACACCUGACUCGUCUGUCACCAACCUUCCGCGCUCAGAGUCACCCGAUCUCAUUGGCAUAGACGACUCCGAUGGCGAAGAAGAGGUCACGCAGCCAGACGACGACCGCACUGUGUACGGCAGCGCGAGCGCAUCAAAGUUCUCUACAAAGCGCGGGUCGCUGAGGAAUGGUGCCGCAAAGGUGAAGGAGGCCAAGGACGUGGAGCACGUCGCCAUGCAGAUUCAACAACAGCAGCGACUUCAUCGAGGUGAACAGAAACAAGCUGCCCGCCACAUGAGGCUCAUCCGCGAACUGAAGAAAGGCGACCGGGUCGCCGUCAAGGUCCUUCCUUUGUGCAUUUUCCUGUUUCGCGAUGGUAGGCCUGUGCCAUGUGACGUUCCAGAUCCAAGUGUGGCGUUUACGGAGCCCAUCACCAAUCGUCUGCGCCAACGGCAUACCGGCCUACGAACGUCGGCAGACGCAUCGCUUUUGGUACAAAGCCUGCUUGACCUGAUUGUGGACUCCGCCCUGGAGGUGAUAGAAGAAUACCAGACCAAGAUCCUGAAGAUUGAGCAAGAAGUACUUCUCAAGCCCAGCAUGGAGACUGUUCGUCGGUUGCACAUCCUCCAGGGUGACUUGAUCCUUCACAAACGCACGCUCGAGCCAAUUAAGACAGUCAUCUAUGGCCUGCGACGGUACGACGAUGACCGGGUGGCGGCGUUGACCGAGAAAGUCGACCCCAGCAUGAAGAUUCAAGGGUACAUGAGUCAUAAGGCCAAGAUUUACCUGGCGGAUGUCCAUGAUCAUAUGGAGUAUAUCCUAUCUAGCUUGGAGAUGUUUGCCGGCGUCAGUGAGAACCUGAUCAAUUACACGUUCAAUAUGGCUUCGUACGAAAUGAACGAAGUAAUGCGUCGGCUUACCCUCGCCACAAUCAUCUUCUUGCCGCUGACCCUCCUGACUGGAUACUUCGGUAUGAACUUCGAGAACAUGUGGUCUAUCAUGCACGGUCACAGCGACCUAAUAUUCUGGAUCAUUGCACUGCCCGUCAUGGCCAUUGUCGUGCCCCUUUUCGCAUACCCCGACCUUCGCAACAUGGUCCGGUAUCUCCAGAAACGGGUCGUUAAGCAGAAGGUUGGACGGGUGAGCUGA